AUGUCUGCUUCGGAGAUACUUCUCUGCGGUGAUAUAGAAAAACUCAUAAAGAACGAACGAAAGAGCGACGAUGAACCGGUCCUGUACUACGUCGCCAUCGAGGAUACUUACGAUGUAAUCAAGAGAGCACACAUCGCUACAGGUCAUGGCGGGCGGGAUCGCAUGAUCAAAGAAACAGCAAAGAAAUACGCUAACAUCACACGGGAAGCUCUUGAAUUGUUUAAAUCAUACUGUGAAGAGUGCCAGAAGAAAAGAAAGCGACCUGUUACAAAGGGACCACCUCACCAAAUUUUGUCCUGCGUCCGCUAUCGUCGAAACGUGCAACAGAAGUGGCGCAUCAUCUCACUGACAUAUUUCUCUUGUUUGGAGCUCCGUACAUAUUACAGUGAUAAUGAGUUCGCAGCUGAAGUGAUCAGUGAGCUGAAAAUCAUCUGGCCCAAACUUGUCCUCGUUCAUGGAAAGCCUCAACAUCCACGGAGCCAAGGAUCCGUGGAAAGAGCAAACGGUGACAUCAAAGACAUGCUGGUUGCAUGGAUGGGAGACAUUGGAAUCAAGUUUGUCCAGUUCCAGAAGAAUUCAGGUAUUCGCAGAUCACCCUAUGCAGCCAUGUUUGGAUGUGAGGCCAAAGUGGGCCUGACAUCGUCCUCGCUGCCUGAUGAGGUAAUUCAAAGGAUGCAGUGUGAGGAUGAUCUGUUAGCUGUACUUACCACCGGUCAAAACGGAGAGGAACCAGGUCCUGUUCCCAGUGCUGAAUCAGCCGAAGUUCACUUUGAUAUGGAACGUCCCAGUCCUCCUUCAGUAGUUCCCAACACCCUAGUACCUGUCCGACUUGUAUCAGCCGAGGUUCACGUUGAUACGGAGCAUGGCAUCAUCCUUCAGUAG